AAUCCUUCCUGCUGACUGGGAGCAGAGGAAGAGGAUUCUCAUCGCUUUUCCUGAGUGCCAGCACAGCAGAGGAUGCCUAGCAACCACUCAUCUGCUUACUGAUUCUCAAAAAGAGAAGAGGGCUGCUGUAGCAAUCCCGAACUGCACUGAAUUUAGAAAUCACUGGAAGUGAAGAAUACUUUGGACAAGCGCUAUUACCUAACAAGGUAACGGAAUGGAGAACAAACAGCAAAGCAACGGUGAGAUGAAAGAAAAUAAGCCGGUGAAGAAAAAAAUGAAUUGGUCUGGGAGUCUUAUCGUAGCCUCUUUAACUGGUGCUUUUGGGUCGUCUUUUCUUUACGGCUACAAUCUCUCGGUGGUGAACGCUCCGGCAGUGUAUAUCAAGAAGUUUUACAAUGAAACUUGGGAAAGAAGAUACGGCUUCUCAGUAGAUGAAAGCACACUGACUCUCCUCUGGUCCAUAACAGUUUCUAUAUUUGCCAUUGGUGGCCUUGUGGGUGCCAUUAUUGUUACCCCAAUUGUGAAGUUCUUUGGACGGAAAUGUACGUUGCUGCUCAAUAAUGUGUUUGCAGUGACAGCUGCAUUGCUGAUGUCCCUCUCCUUGUUGGCGGGGUCAUUUGAAAUGCUCAUACUGGGGCGCAUUAUAAUGGGAGUUGAUGCAGGCAUUUCUCUGAGUGCCCUUCCCAUGUAUUUGAGUGAAAUAUCUCCUAAGGAAAUCCGUGGUUCUUUGGGUCAGGUCACAGCGAUUUUCAUCUGUAUUGGUGUUUUCACUGGUCAAGUUUUGGGACUGCCAGAAAUAUUUGGACAAGAAUCUCGGUGGCCUUACUUAUUUGGAGCAAUCGUUGUGCCUUCAUUGAUACAAGCCAUGAUUCUGCCUUUUCUUCCUGAAAGUCCUCGUUACCUCCUGCUUGAAAAGCACGACAGGAGCAAGGCAGAAAAAGCAUUUCAGACCUUCCUUGGGAAAGACGACGUCUCUCAUGAAGUAGAAGAAGUUUUGGCAGAGUCUCGAGUCCAAAGAAACACCAAAUUAGUGUCAGUUCUUCAGCUCCUGAGAACCCGUGCUGUGCGGUGGCAGGUCGCUACCGUGGUUGUCACCAUGGGCUGCUACCAGCUCUGUGGGCUGAAUGCUAUCUGGUACUACACAAACAACAUCUUUAGUGAAGCUGGGAUCAAUCAUGAAACAAUCCCCUACGUUACCCUAAGUACUGGUGCUGUUGAGACUCUGGCUGCUGUUUUUUCUGGCUUAGUUAUUGAACGGCUGGGACGCAGGCCUCUUCUCAUCGGGGGUUUUGGGCUGAUGAUUGUCUUCUUCGCAGUGCUUACCGUCUCUCUGACUUUACAGAAAACUGUGCAUUGGCUUCCUUACCUCAGUAUAUUUUGCAUCCUGGCAAUCAUUGCGUCAUUCUGCAUUGGACCAGGAAGUCAAAUGCCACUUUUUGUUUUCCAGGGCUUAGUUAUUGAACGGCUGGGACGCAGGCCUCUUCUCAUCGGGGGUUUUGGGCUGAUGAUUGUCUUCUUCGCAGUGCUUACCGUCUCUCUGACUUUACAGAAAACUGUGCAUUGGCUUCCUUACCUCAGUAUAUUUUGCAUCCUGGCAAUCAUUGCGUCAUUCUGCAUUGGACCAGGUGGGAUUCCAUUUGUCCUCACCGGAGAGUUUUUCCAGCAGUCGCAGAGACCAGCCGCGUUCAUGAUAGCUGGGACGGUCAACUGGCUCUCCAACUUCGCAGUAGGACUGCUCUUCCCUUUCAUUCAGAGUGGUUUACAGACCUACUGCUUCCUAGUGUUUGCUGCCAUCUGCUUUGCCGGAGCCACCUACCUGUUUUUUGUCCUGCCUGAAACGAAAAAUAAGACAUUUCAUGAGAUCAGCCAGGCAUUUGCCAAAAGGAAUAAAGUGUCUCUGGAAAUGCAAGAAAUGAACCAUUACUCGGGAGAAAGGAAAUCGAGUGCAGAACAAGAAUCAAACUUCACGUCUUCGGUGGACAAUGGGGACACCAAGAAAGGGAUCGUGUAAACCCAGGAUGCUCUUUCAGGGGACGGGGGAAAACGUGCUUUUUUUCAUCCAGUACAUUUACAGCAAUGCACAACUUGUAUUUUUUUAUGUGACAGCAUGAACUGCUUCCCCCUUGAAUAUGUUUUCAGUGAGUACAGGUGAAUCCGUUAGCAGCUCGGGUGAUGGUUGAGGAAAUGAGAGGCAGGAGUGGCGGCAGCUGAUUAAGUAAAUAAGAGCCAGAGUUUUCUUGGGCACCUGUGAAAUCGGUGCUGUGGUGGGGAAUAUAGACUUGGAGAAGUAAAGUGGUGGUGGAGAGCCGGGGUUGUGAGGAGCACCCUGGUGUGCUCACAGGGAGGUGUGUGUGUGGUCACUGCGGGGCAGGAGGAGGUGGUGGUGGCAGGGAAGGGAUCCCAGCAGGGCUCUGCUAAGAAUCGAUGCGAGCAAACCUGAAAUGGUACCAGCUUGCGUUUCUCCACGUUUCCCAAUACGUCAUUAAAGUUGCCAGUGAGAACUGAGGACUUCAAAGAAGGCUCGUGUCAUGUCCCCGACCUCCCAUUCCUUUUCCAGCUAUUUCCACUUUCAGUUGCUUCGUCUCAGCAUCUCCAGCUUCUCGAAAAUGGGGAGCUCCAGGUACUGAUGGGUUUUCUUGUCUCUCUUGCAAAUCCUGAUCGACUAGUAAUAGACUUGCCUCUAGUUUCUGGGUUUGCUAACACUGCAUUUCUGUGGAGAUAUAUAUAUUAUUUUUUUCUAAUUCUAUUUUUUAAGAAUAGCUAUAGAGGCUUUAAUAUAAAAAGAAAACUAAACCUCAUGGCGAAGUGAUGGUACAUGUAGGGUGUAGCACUGAAAAAAAUAAUCAAGCACCAAGUUUUCCAAGGGUUGAGACUUUUUUUACUGGGUUUUGGCUUUUCUUUUCAAGUUCCUUUUAAAACAAGUCUUAGGAGCUAAAAUUUCCCUGAGAUCCAAAAAGUGUCAUUUCUUAACACUCAGAUCUCUCCAAAGGAAUUUGGGUGCCUUUUUUCUUACUUAAACACUAAUUUUCAUUUGGGCAUUAGCUUCUGAAGCUCCAGGCCUAGUUCAUGUUAAUAAGUUUCUAAGCUAUUUAAUGCUUUGUAAAACUGUCCUCAGAGUCUGCUUAAUUUCGUGAUAGAGAGACCGAGCAGGCUGUUGGGGGUCAGGUGAGCCAUUCCCUUCCAUAUGGGAUUUCUUUUAAUGAACAUCAUCUUUCUAGUUUGCAAUUUUGGUAAUAGUACUUCUUGACCCUUCUAGGAACCUGGAUGCUGAGGGGGUAAUAAGCACUUUUAAAUUAAAUACUUAGCUGUUUUAUAUGAAAACUCAGUAAGUCUUAGAGCUGCUCUCAGUUAGGAGAAAGGCACAAGAAGCAAGUGAAGCAUUCAGGUAGAGCCAGCUGCUUGCACAAGUUAUAUUUAAUAAUUGAGGAGUUCAUAAAUUUAGGGGUAUUUGAGGGGGGAAAAAUAUACAUACUCAUAUUCCAAAUAUAGAAAUAUAUAUGAAUAUGUAUUUUCAUAUAUAUACAAUGGAGAAAUCCUUUCCAAUAUGUGGGGUUUUUUUAGAUUUUGCUGAGUGAUAAGCUGUUUAUUGUUUUGUUCUACACUGUAAAUUACACUGUAAAUUGAAAUCAGAGAUCCUAAUGUUUAACUAUUAUUACUAAAUGACAUAUAUGGUUUUAUACUGUGAUUUAUUUAUAUGUGGCAUAUUUACUGCACACAUUGUAAGCUGACCUAAUAGGGCAAUUUUACUACUGGGUAAUGGAAGAAAAUUUGAUCUGAGCCUUUAUGCCAGGAUUUAUACUAUUUUACUGGGAUAGAGGUGCAGCAAGAAGUAAGAAUAUGAGUAAGAGAAUUAAGAAUGAAAAAUCAGAUUUAUUAUAUUGGUGCUACUGUUAGGAAACAGAGUGAAUCAGGAUUAUACCAACUGAUAAUCAUAUAUAGAGGUUAAUCAGAUACUAUAGAGAAAAACCAAAGAAAGAUGCCUUCUAAUAACCACUUGUAAAACUAUAUAUAACAAAUGGACGUGUCAUCGUUCAGUGGCUUUAGUUGCCAUGUGUUACCUGAGUCUUGCUAAGUGAAUGACUAUGUUAAAAAAUGAGUUUGGAUGCCAGGAAGAAAUUCUUCCUGUCCUGUCUGCAGGGCCAGACUGGCAAGUUCAGACCCUGUCAUUCAAAUUGAGAAUUACCUUACUUGCCGUUAGAGCUACUAACGUGGUAUGAUGUGACCUGAUUUGAGCCAAAGUGUCAGGAGCGGAAUCUCUUAUUAUUUUUAUUAGAACUGGGAGAAUUUAGCCCUUGCUGCUGUUUAUCAAUGUACAUUACAGGCAUUGCGUGAUGACAAUGCUGCCUUUGGAUAACUUCAAUAAAAUAUCAUGUUGGCCUGAUAAGGCAGGUGUAUUAGAACUUCUGCAGCAAGACAGUGGCAUUUGGAGCCCAGCUCUGAACGUGUUGGUAAAGAGAUGGUUUGAUAGAAAUUUCUACCACAGCUCAGGAGUUUGUCCAGGUUUAACAGCUGGGAGUCACGUUUCCCACUUCUGCAACCCUCUUUGCCCAUCUCUUGCCCUACCUGAGACAGGCACCCUCUGUGUGGCUGCAAAGAGAGCUGCUACAGACCGUGUAUGAGGUGGGACCCUGGUUGCACAUCCCACCAGCAGUUUGCUCCAGCCCAUGGUACAGGUUCAAAGCGAUUCCAGUCUCCAAACUGUAUGUGUAUGUGUUUGACGAGAGUUUUGCGUUCUUGAAGUCGUUCCAUAAUGGGUGUUUUUCCGUUGUUAUGCUGCUAUAGCUUCUCCAGCAAUGAGAGGACAAAAAUGGAAAAUAUCGGCAAUUUAUCCUUUGGUUUUUCUAGUUGAAUGUAUCCAAUUGUCUACAGCCCGUGUGUUUGUCAGUGAGUGUCGUGUAGUUCCACGUUCUCUUUUCCUGUCUGUGACACUGGGGUGAGGUACUGCGAGGUGGUGUUUGUACAAGUGGGUUAUGUGUGUGUGCUAAACUAUGUCUGUGCACAUUGAUUGCAAAAUAAAC